AACAAAGUCAUGCGUAGACGAAUGGUAUAAAUACUAGCGAUCAUUUGAAAAUAUAUCACAUAUUUUUAAAAUGAAGUGCAAUACGAGUACACGUAUGUAUUGGAUUACUCUGCUUUGCUUUGCCAUAAUUGUGAAUAAUGGAUUCUGUAAAGUUCCGGACUAUAUCAAGGUGUGUUCAAAGAAAAAUGGUCUCUCAGCAUGUUUGAUGCAGAAUUUCAAAGAUGUUCUUACUUAUUUGACUGACCACGAUGAAGCAGCAUAUAAAGUUCAAAACUUUCGUGCGAUCCAUGUUCCCAAAAUUGAUCUGCAAGCCACUGCUGAUUUACAAGUCUCUUUGAAGGACGUUAUUUUUACUGGCUUGGAAAAAUCUACAGUCAAAGAAAUGAGCAUUGAUGACACAGAAAUCCGUAUGUUGCUUCAUUCAGAUGAAAUGAUUUACAAUGGCAAGUACCAGAUGAAUGGAAAGAUUCUCAUCUUACCAAUUGAAGGAGAAGGAACCAUGCGUAUAACACAAAAAAAUUUUGAUCUUGAUUACAAAGCAAAACUAAAAAUCGAAGAACGCAAAGGUAAAAAGUAUUACUAUGUCGACAACAACCCAGAAGAUACAAAAAUGGUUAUACCCAAGAUUGAACGAGUUAUAUACCAAUUUGAUAAUCUUUUCGGUGGGGAUCCAAACCUAGGUCCUGAAAUGAACAUAUUCCUGAACGAGAACUGGAAGGAAGUGUUCAACGAGAUAAAAGUUGCAGUGGAACAAACGGGAGCAUAUUCGUUAGUCAAUCCGAUUGUAAAUGGUUAUUUACGACACAUUCCUAUCGAUGAAUUAUUUUUACCUGACUUUGUAAUACUUUUUUUUAUAUUUUAUUGCACGUGUCAUGCUAUAGGGCACGUGCAAAAUAGGGAAAUUUGUAUAAAAAUAAGUGAAAUUAUUCGAAAUGAAUCAGUUCAUCUUGAAUGUUUAAAAAUGAAAGUCUAUAUAAUUACUUUCACUACUUUACUAGUUUUUAGCUUAUUUUAUACUGCAAAUUCAAAAAUUCCUGAUUAUAUAAAAUUAUGUCCAAAAACUGGGAAAAACUCUGAAUGUUUAAUGGAAAAUUUCAAAGCAAUAGUGAAAGCAAUCACUGAAGAUGGUGAUGCAGCAAUGAAAAUUCCACCUCUAACCAAAUUCCACGUAGACAGAUUACCAAUGCAAGCCACCAAACAAUUACGAGUAACAUUUGUUGAUAUAGACUUCGAUGGAUUACAAGAAACCCAACUAAAAUCAAUUUUAAUAACCGACGAUGAACUGCGAAUAUCCGCGUUUGUCCCUCGACUCAGCUAUCAGGGUGGUUAUGAUAUGAAAGGACAAAUCCUCAUUCUGCCUAUUCAAGGUGAAGGUACACUAAAUAUAACACUAGUUGGUUUUGAAUUCGAUUAUAAAGCAAAACUAAAAACCGAACAACGCAAAGACAAAACAUAUUACUAUGUAGACAACAAUGUGGCUGACACACAAUUAAAUCUCACUCGCAUGGACAGACUCUACAUGCAGUUUGACAAUUUAUUUGGUGGUGAUCCACGCCUGGGGCCAGAAAUGAACAUCUUUCUUAACGAAAACUGGAAGGAUGUAUAUUUAGAAACGCAGGGUGCUUUUGAACAGGGCAUUGCUUUUACAUUAAUGGAACCCAUCAUCAACGGUUAUCUAAGGCACAUUCCAAUUAACAGUUUGUUUGAAACAUAGUAAUUGACCACUGUAACUAUGUAACAUUUUAUAUCUAUAUAUAUAAAAUUUGCGUGUCACAGUGUUUGUUUCCAUACUCCUCCGAAACGGCUUUACCGAUUUUUACCAAAUUUUAUAUGCGAAUUCAGUAGGUCUGAGAAUCGGCUAACAUCUAUUUUUCAUACCCCUAAGUGAUAAGGGUUGUUCACCCUUAACUUUUUUUUAAAUUUUUGGACAAAUUCUUUUGUUUUUAUUUUAUUUUAUAAUGUGGAAUUAAAAAAUACAUACAACCCUAAA